UUUCGUUAGUUUUAUUCUCAAUUGAAAGAAAUAAAACUCAACAUCGAUUACAGGCGAAAAACUUUGUGAUCGAUGGGUGAUUUUUAUUGAGAAAACCGACUUUUUCAUCAUUUCAUCGAGAAAAUCAAAGACUUUUACCAAAAACGAAUUUUAUUCGAAGCGAAAACAUUUUCUGAACGUGUUUCUUUGCAUUCUUAUCAUGCUUUUGCUCGUCUGAGAUCAAUAGAUUAUAUCUUUUAUCGGAUGCUUGAACACCUUUCGAAAUUGUCUACAGCAAAGUAAAGACACGACGACCAAAAGCGAGAGUAUUUAUCUCGAUCUCAUUGUGAGCUGAUAACAAACAUGAAAAAAUACGUACUGUAAGUUGAAUUAAUAAUAGUAAUUGAAGUAGAGAAAUAGCGAUAUGACUGCAACAACGGCGAUGACGACGACGUUGAAUCUUCCUCACUGUGUUUGUGUGAGUGAGUGUAAACAGUUUAGUGCUUGAAUGAGUGUUUACGUGAAGUGAUCGUCGUUUUACCUGUCUUUUUGAGAAUACACUAAACAAAAACACUUCAUUUUCGAUUUUUCUAUGUGUUACAUCGCAAUUGUCGUAAUUAAAAUUUCGUGCGUGCUUUGAAUUCACAUCUGUGCCAUAUUCACGCUGAGUGUACUUGUUUUUUUUUGGGUUCGAAGAAAGGUCUCACUGACAACAAAUAGGGCGUUCUAAUCGUGUAAUUGGAAGCAAUUUCGGCCAGACAAUAUUACAGAACGGUGUCGGUAGCGAGCGCACACGGCCACGGAAUUUGCGUAUAAAUGAUUUUGCAAUUGAGUUCAUAGAUUUUUGAAUCCGAUACAAUGAAGUUACUUUGGGGUAUUUUAGUGCUAUUUGCAACGGGCAAAUACGUACAGGGUGUGGAUGAUAAUCAAACGGUGGUUAAACAAGACAUUUGUCAAAUUUGUGAUUGCAAUGUAAAGGAGAAAUUUCUGAAUUGUGCCAAUGAAAAUUUGUACAAAUUAUUCAAUGUCAAAGACUGGGACACGGUUAUUUCGGCCAACAAAUCGGCUGCACUAGCUAAUGUCGAUUUCGAUAACAAUGGUAUUGAAAUUGUGACGCAAUUCCCAACUCUGGAGAUUCAUACAUUGAGUCUACGUCGAAAUAAAAUUCGGAAAAUUGAAAAGCGAGCAUUUUACAAUUUGACAUUAUUGGAAAAACUCGAUUUGUCCGACAAUAAACUGACGCAUGCUGCAAUGCAAAGAGACGUAUUUGAAGGUCAUUACAAUCAACAGGAAUUAGAACCGCUCAUCAAUCUCAAGUGGUUGAGUCUUGCUGGUAACGAUUUGCACACUCUUGAUCCCGAUUUGUUUGAUCAUUUGCCCAAUUUGGAAACGCUGCUCUUGUGCCAUAAUCAAUUCGCCAUCAUGGAUGCGAACAGUGCUGGUGCCAUUUCAAGUAUUCCCCACCUUAAGGUAUUGGAUUUGAGCUUCAUGGAAUUGAGGAAAAUUCCAGAAACAACACUACAUGGACCACGCGAAUUGAAAGUACUCAAUUUGACCGGCAAUUUAUUUACCGAAAUACCAGAUGAUAUUCGAUUAGCCCGAAAUUUGGUGGAACUUGUUAUGGACGAUGUUCCCAUUGUACACAUUGGUGGCAAUUACAGUCGAUUCCCUCGUCUGCCGAAAUUGGAAACGCUGAGCCUAUCAUUUAUGAGCCGAUUGGUGUCGAUCGAAGAAGGUGCCUUCGAAAAUUUGCCAGCAUUACGUCAUCUCUCCAUUCGCAGUAACAUGCAUUUCAGUUCAAUUCAUCCACAUGCCUUUGCCAAUCCAGAUGUUGAAUUACAACCGCACGUUGAAUGGCCACCACUUCAAAGUCUAAUUUUGUAUAACAACAAUUUGUCGACAAUCAGUGAAAAAUUGCUGGAACGAUGGGACGAUAUUGAAGAGAUUGACAUUCGUUAUAAUCCAUGGAAAUGUGCAUGCGAAAAUCAAUGGAUGGUCGACAAAUUAGUGCCAAUAAUUAAAAAUAAAUCAAAAAACCCAUCGAUGUCUGAAGAUGUGAAAUGCGAUCAUCCAGUUGAAAUGAAGGGUCGAUCAUUCACAGACAUGAGUCUUAAACACGUCGGAAUGAGAUGCGAAGACUAUUAUGGACGUCAUCCAGAACGGGAUGGACCAAUACUUGUUGGCGUUUUCAUUGGAUUGAUGGUUGGUAUUCCAGUGACGAUGGCUGCGUUGUUCGUGUAUCGACGUGGAUGCUUCGGUAUCUUUGGCUACCGUCCUAGUCCAGCUGACUAUGGCAGAGCCUUCUACAAGCGAACAGAACUUCGAGAGAAUUUACACAUUUGAACAAAUGCCUAGCCAUUCAUUCGGCUUAGGCUAACUAGCCAAUGUUCAAUUUUCAUAUAAGAAACGAUUUUUUUUUACCAAAAAUUCCAACCAAAUACACACUUUUACAUUUUUAUGUGCAUUUAGAUUAUGAUUAUGAUUAUGAUUUCACACCUUAGCUAAAUACAAUAUACAUGAGUCAGUGA